UUAUUCGUCUAUCCUUCUCUGAGACUGUCCGUGGACCGUAACACAGGAAGGUAUGGCGGUUCUUCGAAGAGAAAAAGGGCAAUCACUUCAAGGAUCUCGAAUCGCCGUAGCCAUUUUGAUCGGUAUCCUUCUUGGCUGCGUCUUUGCUGUGUUUUAUCCUCAUGGGUUUUUCAGCUCCAAUCCGACUGGCUCACAUCGUCGAAUUGCUAAUUCAAAUCUUCAGACAGGCUUGUCUUCAUGUGAAUCGCCCGAGCGAAUUAAAAUGGUGAAAGCUGAUAUUGUAUUGAUAUCGGAGAAGAAUGCUGAGAUGAAGAAGCAAGUUAGGGAGCUAAAUGAAAAGUUGCAGCUGGCGGAACAAGGACAAGAUCAUGCUCAGAAGCAGGUUUUGUUACUGGGUAAACAGCAGAAAGCUGGUCCCUUUGGUACUGUCAAGGGUUUGAGAACUAACCCAACUGUUGUUCCUGAUGAGUCUGUGAAUCCUAGACUGGCAAAACUCUUGGAGGAAGUUGCUGUUCGUAAGGAGCUUAUAGUUGCACUUGCAAAUUCAAAUGUGAAAACCAUGUUAGAAGUCUGGUUCGCUAACAUCAAGAAAGCUGGUAUACGCAAUUACCUUGUUGUAGCAUUAGAUGACCAUAUUGUAGAUUUCUGCAAGUCGAAUGAUGUUCCAGUGUAUAAGAGGGAUCCAGAUAGCGGUAUUGAUUCAGUUGCAAGAACAGGAGGAAACCACGCUGUUUCUGGAUUGAAGUUCCGUAUUUUGAGGGAAUUUUUGCAGUUGGGUUACAGUGUUCUUCUGUCAGAUGUUGAUAUAAUAUACUUGCAGAACCCAUUUGAUCAUCUUUAUCGGGAUUCAGAUGUUGAAUCUAUGUCUGAUGGUCAUGAUAAUAUGACAGCUUAUGGAUUUGAUGAUGUCUUUAAUGAACCUGCCAUGGGUUGGGCUCGUUACGCUCAUACAAUGAGAAUAUGGGUUUACAAUUCUGGAUUCUUUUUUAUAAGGCCUACACUUCCUUCCAUUGAGCUUUUGGAUCGUGUGGCUGGUCGUUUGUCUCGAGAGCCAAACUCAUGGGACCAAGCAGUUUUCAACGAGGAGCUUUUCUCCCCUUCACAUCCUGGGUAUGAUGGACUUCAUGCUGCAAAAAGAACAAUGGAUAUGUUUUUGUUUAUGAAUAGUAAGGUCCUUUUCAAGACAGUAAGGAAAGAUCCUGCGCUAAAAACAUUGAAGCCAGUAAUUGUUCAUGUAAACUAUCACCCUGAUAAACUUCGAAGAAUGCAAGCAGUUGUGGAGUUCUAUGUUAAUGGGAAGCAAGAUGCGUUGGAUCCUUUCCCUGAUGGUUCUGAUUGGUAGGAACCUCAUACAACUACAGAGAGGAUUUCGAGAGAUUUAGUGUUUCCCCCCAGACUUUUCACAUGAUACAGUUAGUUUAAAUCUAUUAUUACCUUUGAAGAGAAAUGUGAGAUAAACUUUUUCCUUGAUUUUCUUUGAGAUUUUGGUUUGUAUUUUAUGUGUAGCUGAUGUGAGAUACUUUUCCUUCUUUUUUCUUCAGAACUUUGGUUUGUAUUGUUCCUGUAGCUUUAAAUUAAGUUUCAUUGGAGCA